AGUGGGUCGCUUCGGAUCAGUUCAAGGUCGGGUGAACUUACACGGCUGGAAUUUUAUUUACACAUACAAGUCUCUUGUUUCAAAAUUUCCGGUUGUCAUUGGUCAAAGUGUGUCCUUUAAAGAAAAAUUUCUCAUCUUUAUUUUAAAACUUAAAAAGGUUUCUGUUGAAUGCCAGCAUGGAUUAGCAUAUGUAUAACACUGAAGGAUCUAACAGUGGCUGUAUGAGUGGGUGGAGAUAAAAGCGAGUGAAGCAAGAUGGCAACUAAUGAGGAUAUGAUUGAUGGGCGGCCCAUGGAAUAUGGGCUCAGCUUGGAGGAGCUCAGGGAGCUUAUGGAACACCGUAAACAUGAGGCCUAUGAGACUAUACAGACCAGAUAUAACGGUGUUAUGGAAAUGUGCAAGAAAUUAUACACAUCUAGUAAUGAAGGAUUAUCGGGUAGUCCAGUGGACUUAGAGCAUAGGCGGAAAGUGUUUGGUGGAAAUGUGAUACCCCCAAAACCUCCAAAAACUUUCUUUCAAUUAGUGUGGGAAGCUAUUCAGGACGUUACAUUAAUAAUUCUAUUAGUAGCAGCUCUUAUAUCAUUAGGAUUAUCAUUUUAUUCCGGCUCGGCAGCAGAAGAAGAAGGAGGCGGCGAUGCUUCAGAGAAAGAAGCUGGGUGGAUUGAAGGUGUAGCGAUUUUAAUUGCUGUUGUUGUUGUUGUUUUGACAACUGCUUUUAAUGACUGGCAAAAAGAGAAACAAUUUAGAGGAUUACAAGCAAAAAUAGAACAUGAACACCAGUUUAGUGUGAUACGAGCAGGCGAAGUGAUUCAAAUUCCUGUAGGAGAUAUAGUGGUUGGAGAUAUUUGUUUAGUUAAAUAUGGUGAUUUAUUACCUGCUGAUGGUGUUAUUAUACAAAGUAAUGAUUUAAAAGUUGAUGAAAGUUCAUUAACUGGAGAGUCAGAUCAUGUAAAGAAGGGAGAAGCUAUAGAUCCAAUGUUAUUGUCAGGUACCCAUGUGAUGGAGGGAAGUGGUAAAAUGCUCACAACUGCGGUAGGAAUCAAUUCUCAGACUGGUAUUAUUUUCGCCCUCCUUGGCGGCGCCUCGGAAGAAAAAGAUGACAAAAAGAACAAGCAAAAUGCAGAAAACAAUGCUCAGGGUCAGAAUGCAGGCACCAAGGGAACGGGACCCACGCAACCAUUGCUUAGCGAUCCAGGCAGAGUGGACACAGAAGCAGUCAACCUUGAAAUGACGGGUAAUUCACACCACGCAAAUGCCAGUAACAAGGUGAGCAACAAAAUACCGGAGGAAGUUGAGGAAGCGGCACCAGAGGCAGCCAAGACGCAUCAAGCCAGCACCAGAAAGGAGAAGUCCGUUCUUCAGUCAAAGCUUACAAAACUUGCAAUUCAGAUUGGUUAUGGAGGUACCGGUAUUGCUGUAUUAACUGUCCUUAUACUCAUCAUUAAGUUUUGUGUGAAGAAAUUUGCAGUGGAGGAAAAAACCUGGGACUGGGGUUAUAUAGAGUACUUCGUAAAUCAUUUCAUCAUUGGUGUUACCGUGCUGGUAGUGGCUGUGCCUGAGGGUCUCCCAUUAGCUGUAACCUUAUCUCUUGCUUACUCUGUUAGGAAAAUGAUGCACGAUAAUAACCUUGUGAGGCAUUUAGACGCGUGUGAGACAAUGGGUAAUGCCACCGCAAUUUGUUCUGACAAAACGGGUACAUUGACCACUAAUAGAAUGACAGUGGUACAGAGCUAUAUUGGAGGUGUACAUUAUAAAUCAGUUCCCAACUUUCAAACAUUGUCAAACAAGAUACAGGAGGUGCUGGUGAAAGCUAUAUCCAUCAACAGUGGUUACACUUCGCAAGUUGUUAAAGGUGAACAAGAAGGGGAACUCCCGAAUCAGCUUGGUAACAAGACCGAGUGCGCAUUGCUGGGCUUUGUCAUGGAUCUAGGUCAGAGUUACGAAGCAGUAAGAGAGGACCAUCCACAGGAUACUCUUGUCAAGAUUUAUACUUUCAACUCAAUGAGAAAGUCAAUGAGUACAGUUAUACACCUGCCGGGAGGAAAUUUCCGUUUGUUUACAAAAGGAGCAUCUGAAAUGGUCCUGAAUAAGUGUGAAUAUAUCCUUGACUGUAAAGGUGAACCACAACAUUUCUCUGUUGAGAAUCAAGAAACAGUGAUCAAAAGCAUCAUAGAACCUAUGGCAGGGGAUGGUCUUCGAACUAUCUGUAUUGCUUACAAAGACUACAGAAAAGAGAAGCAAGGUAUCAAUGAUGAGCUGUUUGAUGAGGAACCUGACUGGGAUGAUGAAGACGCAGUUGUCCGAGGACUUACCUGUAUUUGUGUCGUAGGCAUUGAGGAUCCUGUCAGACCAGAGGUUCCCAAUGCCAUUAAGAAAUGUCAGCGAUCAGGUAUUUGUGUACGUAUGGUCACUGGUGACAAUGUGAAUACAGCCCGCUCUAUUGCAGCUAAAUGUGGUAUCUUACAUGUGAAUGAUGAUUUUCUCGUCCUAGAGGGCAAGGAGUUCAACAAACGUAUCCGAGACCCAGCCACUGGAGAGGUUUCCCAAAAAUUGUUAGACCAGUUGUGGCCCAAUCUCAGAGUACUGGCUAGAUCAUCUCCACAAGAUAAAUACAUUCUCGUAAAAGGAAUUAUUGAUAGUAAACUGACAUCAAAUCGGGAGGUUGUCGCAGUAACAGGAGAUGGAACCAAUGAUGGACCUGCUUUAAAGAAGGCUGAUGUUGGAUUUGCUAUGGGUAUAUCUGGUACUGAUGUAGCGAAGGAGGCUUCAGACAUCAUUUUAACAGAUGAUAACUUCACAAGCAUAGUUAAAGCUGUAAUGUGGGGAAGGAACGUAUAUGACAGCAUUGCAAAGUUCUUACAGUUUCAAUUGACAGUGAAUGUAGUGGCUGUACUCGUAGCUUUCCUUGGUGCUUGUAUUAUAGACGACAGUCCACUAAAAGCUAUACAGAUGUUGUGGGUCAACCUGAUUAUGGACACUCUGGCAUCCCUUGCCCUUGCAACAGAAUUGCCCAGUGAGGAACUCCUAGAACGUAAACCAUAUGGACGUACAAAACCACUCAUAUCGAGAACUAUGAUGAAAAAUAUCUUUGGCCAUUCUGUUUAUCAACUUAUUGUUGUGUUUGUCUUAUUGUUUGCUGGUUCCGACCUUUUUGAUAUUCCAGACGGCAAAGGCAGACUACUCCAUGCUCCACCCACACAACAUUUUACCAUUAUAUUUAAUACUUUUGUUAUGAUGACUUUAUGUAAUGAAAUAAAUGCUCGAAAGAUCCAUGGGCAGCGAAAUAUAUUCGAGGGUUUGCAACGGAACCCAAUAUUUAUUGGAAUUUGGAUAGGAACCAUGAUUGGACAGAUAAUAAUUGUACAGUUUGCUGGUGUAGCAUUUUAUACAGAGUCUCUAACCUUAGACCAAUGGUUAUGGUGUAUAUUUUUUGGGGUUGGAACAUUGAUCUGGGGCCAGAUCGUAACGUCACUACCCACAAAGAGUUUACCGAAACAUUUAUGCAGUUGGGGUAAAGGUGAGCCAGAGGAUGUUGAUGAAAUUGAUGCAGCGGCUGAAGCACAAACUUCAGCUGAUGGUGUGGGCCGCCGUGGCCAGAUCCUCUGGGUGAGAGGCCUAACGCGCCUCCAACAACAGAUCCGAGUAGUUAACGCUUUCCGCAUGGGGCUGGACACAAGGUACGACAGUCAUAGUCUAACCUCUGUGCGAAGCAUUCACUCUUUCCAGAGUUCCAAGUUUCAGAAGCAGCACAGUGGACAGCCAACGAGCCCGCUCGCAUCACCCGACAUUGCCCAUAACUCAGAAACAACUACUAAUCUGUGAACUCUCUGCAUGUGUUUUAUGUUCACAUUUCAUUUAUGGAUUUAAUAUGGAGAUGAUUAACAUUUUUACAAACCAUUGACUGCAGCUGUGCAUUAAUAACAAAUUUAACUUUUUUAUAUUUUUUUAGUGACUGUAAUGCCAUCAUUCUUUUUUCGUGAAGCAGUUCAAAGAAAUUAUAAGACUAUUGGGUCUGGCAAAAUAAUCAAGAAAUACAGAUUUGUGAAUAAGACAAAAUGUUGGUGAGAAAUAAGAAACGUCUGUCAGGGAAAGUGAUGAAGUUUUGAUAAAUUAAUCUGCUUAUUUAGUAAAUCAAUCAAAAGUGUAAAACUGAGAAAGUGCCCUCUAUGUUUAUUACUUUAUUUUUAAGUUCGGUUUCAGAUCAGUGCAAGAAAAAAAAAACAGUUACCCCCCUUAGAUCAGUGUUAUAGUGCUUUUAGUAUUUCAUGUGGUAGCAGAGUUGACAAGCAAUAAGCAUUGUAAAUGGUGUACGCAUUUUGUUGUAAUAAAAUUACCCGCCAUUUUAUACCCUCUUGUUGCUAUGCUCAUAUAUGAGCCGUGCCAUGGGAAAACCAACAUAGUGGGUGUGCGACCAGCAUGGAUCCAGACCAGCCUGCGCAUCCGCGCAGUCUGGUCAGGAUCCAUGCUGUUCGCUUUUAAAGCCUAUUGGAAUUAAAGAAACUGUUAGCGAACAGCAUGGAUCCUGACCAGACUGCGCGGAUGCGCAGGCUGGUCUGGAUCCAUGCUGGUCGCACACCCACUAUGUUGGUUUUCCCAUGGCACGGCUCAUAUGUAUUUCUCAUAUCAUUAGACAUUCAGGAUAUUACAACGCAGCUCAUAGUGAAAAUCAUGUGCAAUUUAUAUACCAAUUUAUAUACAUAUAUAGCCUAGCAUACACAUUUAAAACAAUAUCUUGCAUGGAGAAAGAUUUUUUCUUGGAUGCUGUUCCAGUUAAAAAAAAGUGCAGAUCAAGACUUUUGACAAGAAAUCAGGAUUAUAAUGAUAGCGGCUAUAAAUCAGGGAAUUACCUCGAUUGUUCAGUAUUUAACAAAUGUUUUUUAGCUCGACUAUUCAUAGAAUAGUGAGCUAUUGCACUCGCCCAUGCGUCGGCGUCCGCGUCGGCGUCCGCGUCCCGAUUUUGGUUAAGGUUUUGUAUGUAAGCUGGUAUCUCAGUAACCACUUGUGGGAAUGGAUUGAAACUUCACACACUUAAUCACUGUGACAAACUGACUUACAUUGCACAGGUUCCAUAACUCUAUUUUGCUUUUUUACAAAAUUAUGCCCCUUUUUCGACUUAGAAAUUUUUGGUUAAGGUUUUGUAUGUAAGCUGGUAUCUCAGUACUUACUAAUGGGAAUGGAUUGAAACUUCACAUACUUGUUCACUAUCAUGAUCUGACAUGCACUAAGCAAGUCCCAUAACUCUGCUCUCUUUUUUUUCAAAAUUAUGCCCCUUUUUUGACUUAGCAGUUUUUGGUUAAAUUUUUGUAUGUAAUCUGAUAUCUCAGUAUCCACUAAUUGGAAUGGAUUGAAACUUCACACACUUGUUCACUGUCAUGAUCUAACAUGCACUGUGAAGGUCCCAUAACUCUACUUGGCAUUUUUACAAAAUUAUGCCCCUUUGACUUUGCAGUUUUUUGUUAAGUUUUUGUAUGUAAGCUGGUAUCUCAGUAUCUACAAAUCGGAAAGGAUUGAAACUUCACACACUUGUUCACUGUCAUGAUAUGACAUGCAGUACAGAGGUUCAAUACCUCUACUUUGCAUUUUACAAAAUUAUGCCCCUUUUUCAACAUUUGUAUUCAUUCAAUUGACAAGGCUGUUGAAUAGUCGAGCGUUGCUGUCCUCCGACAGCUCUUGUUUAAAAAUGCAUUCAAGAGCAUCUCUUAAAUUAGAAUGGUCUUGUCAUCAAAGCUUAGUCGGUCUCAAAUAAUGAGAAACCAUGUGAUCAAAGUUUGUUUCAUCAAAGUGAAACAAAAUAAAACUCAAGAAGUUCAAAAUACACAUACCGUAUAGUUUGUAUGGAUUUAGUUCAAAGUAUAAUAAUUGAGCGGCAUUAUAAGAAAACCAACAUAGUGCAUUUGCGACCAGCAUGGAACCAGACCAGCCUGCGCAUCCGCGCUGACUGGUCAGGAUCCAUACUGUUCGUUAACAGUUUCUCUAAUUGCAAUAGGGUUUGAAAGCAAACAGUAUGGAUCAUGACCAGACUGCGCGGAUGCGCAGGCUGGUCUGGAUUCAUGCUGGUGGCAAAUGCACCAUGUUGGUUUUCUCAUGGUGCCGCUCAAUGUAUAGAAUAAAACAUUUAUAUUCAGGUUAUAUAUGCUGAUAUUUUAGCAUUAGAGUUCUUUAAUGUGUUUUGUUUUUUAUUUCCUUCCUGUGUUUACCUGGAAUAUUACGUAAUCGUCAAGUGCUCAAGUGAUUUCAGCCUUGUUGUAAAUCUAGAUUUCUGAAAUGCAGUGAUGACUUAAUAAACAAAACAAAAACUUUACGGUAUUGAAAUUUCAUGAUGAUCAGCUCUGCUUGAAUUAAUUUGAUGAAGUGGUUUCAGUAAUUUUACCUGUUUGAGUGCUAACAUAUUCAGUUGAGAGCCUAUUUUAGGAAGGCAUUGUUUAAGGGCAUUAUUUUCUAAUGAAAAUGAGCCUCCUUUGGGAAUGAGGAUACCAGUAUCCAGUUUUAUAUGAAAUUAGCGAACAAAUUAUACAUAAAAAUCUCAGUGUCAUUACAUAACUCAGUAGAGAUAAAUUUUUUGUCAUAAGUCCACUGGAGAUUUGAUGUGCCUUUUAGGGUUUCAUAUUAAGGAAGAAACAGGGUAAAAAAGGGAAGUGAUUAGUUACUAAUGUUUCAGACCUUUGGUUAUCAUGAUUACUAGACACAAUUUUGGAACAGCACUGUCUGAACUGUAAUGAGUUUUGCUUAAUGAUUGAACAGACUGAUAAAUCAUUAAAACUAUGUAGAGGACAUAUGCCUUAAAGUGAUUUGAGCCGUGCCAUGAGAAAACCAACAUAGUGGGUGUGCGACCAGCAUGGAUCCAGACCAGCCUGCGCAUCCGCGCAGUCUGGUCAGGAUCCAUGCUGUUCGCUUUUAAAGCCUAUUGGGAUUGGAGAAACUGUUAGCGAACAGCAUGGAUCCUGACCAGACUGCGUGGAUGCGCAGGCUGGUCUGGAUCCAUGCUGGUGGCAAAGCCACUAUGUUGGUUUUCCCAUGGCAUGGCUCAUUUAUGUCUGUAGGUCUGUUAUAGCUAACUGGUUUGCAGAAGGUCUUUGGUUCUACCCAGGUGCCCAUUUGUGAUGAAAUAAUGCACAGAGGGGCACCUUGGGUCUUCCUCCACCAUCAAAGCUGGAAAGUCGCCAUAUGACCUAUAAUUGUGUCGGUGUGACGUUAAACCAAACAAAAUAAAAACUGAUAUAGCUGACACAUCAGUAAAUAUGGAAAAAGUGCCCCUGCAAGUCUCUACAUAAAAGGGAGUAAGAUGAUAGCGCCUGAUGUUUUUAAGAUUUUGUGUUCUUACUUUGAUGUUGUUGGAAAUAGCACUGGAUUACAAAUUCCAAGUUCAUAAAACAUCAUAUGCUUGCUGUUUGUGCAUGCCAGAAUGACAUUAGUUUUUGUACACUUUACACAUCUUUGUUUUCCAAUCCUAUUCACUUUAAUAGGCUUGUGUACACUUUUUGUGACAUUGUGGUAAAUGACAAACAAAUACCAUUUAACUGAUUGAGGAGGAUAAUAUUCUAGUUAGGAUUUAUGAUUUAAUGAACAAAAGAGUUUUAAAAUAAAAAGAAAUUCUCUCUGCAUUUCUUAUGUUACGUUUUGUAAAAAAAAAAAAAAGAAACAGAGAUUAAGAGAAACUGGGGGUUUUCCCCACAUAUGUUUAAAGUGCCAACAAUUUUUUUAUCAGGACUAUUUGGUGUUCACAAAAGACAUCAGAAAAUAAUAAGAUGUUCUGGUGUUUUCAUUUAUCGUCAACCAUAGGUCUUCAGUUGUGAUGUUAGGAUUUUGAGAAUUGAAUGAACAGUUUAUUCUUACCAACACAGCUUGACAUAAUUAUCUAUUUAUUGCAAAAUGUAUUAGGAUAUACUUUUCUUAUACAUUCCACAAGUAUUUGCAUUGGCCCUAUUUAUUGCAUAAUUACCAGGUUUAGUAUAAUACCAGUAGAAUUAGUGUUACUUUUUGUAAAAUAAUACAGCUAUUUUAUAAAUGAUUCUUUUGAUUCUUUAUUAGAUUCUGCAAUCAUGGAGAAAUUUGUCAGUGACUUAAUUUUUUUGAAGACAAACCAAGGAAUAUCCCCUUUUAGAUUUAAAUUUAAAUUUUUUUUUUUUAAAAAUGUAGAACGAGUAAGAAGUUUUUGAAAAUAUUUUUCAUUUGGUUUGAAGUCUUAAUGUCAAGAUUGUGUAUACAUCCGGAAUUUUAUUCUGUUAAGGGAGUCAGAUUGGUUAUGCAGCAUAACUAUUAUUAAGGAUAUUUUUGUAUAAGGUUACGGAACUUUGAUACCCUUAUAUGAGCCACGUCAUGUGAAAACCAACAUAUUGCGUUUGAUACCAGCAUGGAUCCAGACGAGCCUGCGCAUCCGUGCAGUCUGGUCAGGAUCCAUGCUGUUCGCUUUCAAGGCCUAUAGGAAAUAGAGAAACUGUUAACGAACAGCAUGGAUACUGACCAGACUGCGUGGAUGCGCAGGCUGGUCUGGAUCCAUGCUGGUCGCAAACGCACUAUGUUGGUUUUCUCAUGGCAUGGCUCAAAUGUCAGACUGGCUUUCUGUACAUACUCUUCACUAUGGGGGUUGUAUGUGCUCUAUGAAAUUUUGGUGUUGGGCACUUUAGUGUGGUGACUUGCCUAUGGAUUUGUUUACAAGUCAUGAAAAUAUUCUGUGCAUUUUCCCAAUAUAUUGUAUAGUAAAAAAACAACAACUACUAUUUGAGUAUUGACACAAAUCAAAAAUGUAUCUUGUAUAUAAUAACAAUACAUGUUCCUUAAAACUAUGAUGUGAUAUAAACUAUAAAUGGUUCACUGUUCAUGUCAUGUUUAUGCCUCCACUCUUUGGGUCACUUCGCACAAGUGUUUUUCAUAAUAUGACAACAUGCAGCACCUACAGUAGUCAAUGCCAGGGUCAUACACUGAGCUGAAAGUUCAAAUAGACAAAAAAUAAUAAUUUUUUGCAAGUUCUAUGAUUUUUUUUUUCCAUGAAAAUUUUUGUGAUUUAUGAACACACAUUUUAAUGUUCAGUAAAAUCAGUGAAGAAUUUCAUAUCUGGGUAACAACUUCUUUACCCAGAAUGAUUAUUAUACUACAGGGUACAAAUAUUUGCUGCCGCAAGAUGAUGUGCAGUGCAACUUUCAAGCAUGUAAAUUUAAGGUCAAGGUCAUAAUCGGAAAUCGAAGAUUAAACUCCCAUUUCACAUUGGUUACAUGUUUCUAAUGUUUGUGCUGUGACGAACAGUUGAGGGAGAGACACAUGUUUUUGCAUAAAAAUAACUAUCAAUUGUGUUAUUUUGUUCUAGGGUGACCUCUUAACUUUACAUUUAGAGCUUGCUCUUUGCUGGUACCUAGGUAGUGGUUAUGGUACAGUUCGGUUUCCAGUCUUAAAAGUGGUUACAGUAUAGUUCUGUACUCCAGUAUUUGCUGGUACCAAGGUUGUGGUUAUGGUACAGCCUGGUUCCCAAGUCUUUGCUGGUACCUAGGUGGUGGUUAUGGUACAGCCUGGUUCCCAAGUCUUUGCUGGUACCUAGGUAGGGGUUAUAGUACAUCCCUGUUCCCCAGUCUUUGUUGGUAUCUAGUAGGGAUUAUGGUAUAUUCUUUGUUCAUAUGCACACAAAAUUGGGAGGGGGUGGGGGCUAUAACAUUGGCUAAAAUGAGGGGAAAGAGUACUGUAUUUAUACAUUACAAAAACACAAGUUGAGCAUUUUUUCUAAAGAAUCAUGUAUGUUUUGCUUUCAUGUUAAAAAAAUGUUCAAAUGUUUGCAAUUUCCCCAAUGCAAGUUGUAGAAUAUUUACAUUUUACAUAUUAAUACAUGGACUUGUGUAUUUAUAGAUGAUAAAUUAUGAAUUUUUCAUGUUUUAUUCCUUGUACAUAAUUACUGAUGUAUAAAUUUAUUAAAAUGAAGGCAUGCACUUGAUAUAUAUAUAUAUAUAGAGAGAGAUAUUGGACCUUCACAUUUUGAUGAAUAUACAUAGUUCAAAGAUGGUCUCUACACGACCUGUUCGUUGCACAUUGCAUCUUUUGUUUUAAAAGGACUCGAAACUCAUUUGAGCCAUGCCAUGGGAAAACCAACAUAGUGGGUUUGCGACCAGCAUGGAUCCAGACCAGCCUGCGCAUCUGCGCAGUCUGGUCAGGAUCCAUGCUGUUCGCUAACAGUUUCUUUAAUUGUAAUAGACUUUGAAAGAGAACAUCAUGGAUCCAGACCAGACUGCGCAGAUGCGCAGGCAGGUCUGGAUCCAUGCUGGUCGCAAACCCACUAUGUUGGUUUUCUCAUGGCACGGCUCAAUUUUUCUUCCUAUGAAAUUUUAAUAUUGUCUUUUACAGUAUAAUCAUCACAAAUUAUGAUAUGAAGUACUCGAAUGAUAUUAUCUGAUAUUUGUUCAUCAUGUGUACAUUUAACGGACUUUUUUUUAAAUUACCUAUUAUUUUGAAAGAAAUUUAUAUGGAUGCUUCAGAUUUUAUUGGUGGUAGUCUUCAACCUUUUAAAUGUAUUUUUGAUGACUUCCAAUGAAAUUAUUGAUACUGGAAAAAUGCUAAAUCUUAAAACCUCCAUCAGUUGUUGUACAGUACCCAUACUUUGCAAUGUGUAAUAUGUAGUAAGUUAACAUUUUUUUGUAGAAAACGUAAGGAGAGUGUAUUAAUACCUAUUUAAAGAAUAUUUAUUCUUAUUGUCAGUGUGUUGCCACGUAGGAGGUGAUUAAUUCAGUAUGUCUGUGUUGGAUUUAUUCACUCCGGGGUAAACAUGCUGACGUGAAUUUGCAUUUUGCGUUGCCUCGUUUCAUUGCUAGAAAAGGAAUUAUGUUUUUGGGAACUUUAGUAAAGAAAUGUACAAAAAAGACACUUUAACAAAAAAAACAAAAAAAAACGUAUUGAACGGAACACACAAAGAUUUUAUUCCAUAGAAGUGGCCAUGAAUAUUACAAUAUUUCUAGGUUGACUUAUUUUCCUGUUUUCAAGAAUUAAUGAUGAAAAAUUAUAGCUUAUCCAACAGUUUGAUAGCAAUUAAAUGUAUUUUUGUCAAAGUUAGAUUGAAGGAAAACUUACCUAUAAAUCCAGAAAAACUGGAUUGCAAUGAAACUUGCUUCACAGAGUAUGUAUGAAAAAGUUCAGGUUUAAUCUGUACUGUAUGUAUAAAGUUUUAUUAUAUUUGUAGCUGUAAUGCGUGACCUGUUUGUAGCUAUUUUAUCCCAUAUAAUAGUGCUCAUCGAGUACUUUUCUACCAAAAUUUAUGUUCUAUCUAGACUUGUAUGUUAAUACCUUAAGGUUUUUAAUGAAUAAAGAAAUUUUCAUUUUAA